AUAAAUUGAAAAGGCUAGAAUGUCGGAGUUUGUGGAACAUCAGCAUCAGCGGCAGCAACAACCACUGCAGCCACCGCCGCCGCCGCCGCCGCUGUCACAACAGCAGCAGCAGCAGCCGUUAAAACCACUGAAGCGCGAGCUCGACUCGACCGACGAUUUCGAGCACCUCGAGCACGAACUCCAGCAGACGCAUCAGCAACCCCUCCUCGAUCUCUCCAACAACUUGGUGGACUUUGAUCGAAUGUCCGGGGGCCCGCAGUCGCAUAAUCAGCUCGACGGCCCGGCGGAAGAGGGGCCCGAGAGGCGCAACCUCUUGGACACGAGCGUGCCCGCGAGCAAUGGCAUCGAGUGCGACCUGAAACCGGUCCCGGCAACCCCGCCGCCCUCUGCCGACCUCGAGAAGUUCGACCUAGGAGGAUCGUCGCUGCGAAACGAAUCGAGGGACGAGCUGGGGACCCGGCUUCGCGAGCAGCUCGAGGACUUCAAGGAUGCGCGCAUGAAUGUCCUCGACAAUGAUUACGAGGAGGGACAGUGGAAGCCCGAGAGCCCGAUCAAGUACCAGCACGACAACAUACUGCUCAACCACGAUAAGUACACCGACGACGAUGAUAACGUCAACGACCACGGGGACAACGUGGACGUGGACGACGAGGAUACGUUCGCUCGCGAGGAAUUCGGCUCGGUCAAGAAGCACGAGCCCCCGAUAACCCUCUACGGCUUCGGUGACAUAAAGUCCUCGUCCCUGCCGGAGCCCGAGAACUCGCCGGAGCUCGACUUCGUCAAGGACGAGAUAAUCGUGCACGAGGCGACCUGCGAGUUACCGCGACAUCGCGAGCCCGAGCUCUGGAACGUCCUCGAGAAGAGCGGCAACGAUCGGUUCGAGGAGCGCGAAGUGUUGCACGAGGAGCCGCCCAACAAGCCCCUGCCGCCCAUCCCCGCGAGCACCGAGCCCGAGCUCUUUCACGACGAGGACUCCUUGACCGACCUCAGCGAGGCCGACAUCAUCGAUGAGGAGAAGCUCGAGCCCAAGCCCGAUCCCUCGCCGACGAAAAGCCUCGGCCGGCCUAUGACCGCCACGCCCCAACUGUCCAACGCCCCCGAGAGGAAGUUUUACCGCGAAGAGCCGACCAAGAGCAGAGAGAUCGAGGAGAUCGCGCCCAAAGACAUCUUCCGGCGAAUUGGAAUUGAUGCGUGGUUUAACCCAGAAAGAUUAAAUCCAAAAGUGGCAUCUCUAAUUUAUUGGCGCGAUCCGAAAAAGUCGGGAAUCGUUUUUGGUGUAACACUCGGAGUGCUUUUAUCACUGGCCUACUUUAGUCUGAUCAGUGUUCUAGCUUACAUAUCUCUUUUUAUUCUCCUUUUCACCAUCGCUUUCCGUAUCUACAAGACUGUCAUUCAGGCCGUUCAAAAAACGUCAGAUGGACACCCAUUCAAAGACAUUCUCGAACUUGACCUGACGCUGCCCAGCUCGAAGGUGCACGAAGUUGCCGACAUUGCGGUUGCGAAUGCUAAUGCAGCCGUAACCGAACUGCGCAGGCUUUUCCUGGUCGAGGACUUCGUUGAUUCGCUCAAGUUUGGAUUCUUGUUGUGGUUCUUCACGUACCUUGGCUCAUGGUUCAACGGAAUGACCCUCAUCAUCAUCCUGGUGGUGGCCCUCUUUACGUUACCCAAGAUUUACGAAACGAACAAAACGCAAAUCGAUCAGAAUCUAGCUCUAGUCCAAGCAAAACUCAGCGAAAUAACAGUCAAGAUAAAGGCUGCGCUGCCACUUGGCAAGAAGAUUGAACCAUCAAAAGUAGAAUAAACGAGCAUCAAAAGAGGCGUUUAAUCGUUGCAAGCCGUGUAGAGAAAGGAAAAAGGAUAAACGACGAAUUUUAAAGACGGAAUGGUGUCAAGAAAAGGAUAUCGGGUGGCGCGUGCGCUGAAGGAACACAUUACAGCAUCUCCCAUUUUUAUUGAAUUGACUAGUGAAAAAUUAAUAGAAAGAUGGAGAAUGAGUAAAAAAAAAAGAGAUUGUAUAUAACGGACCACUGUUUAACUUUGGAUAUUUGUUGGUUAUUGAUAGAUUGAUACUAAGCAAACUUAGUGAUAUAUGAUCAUUUUUUUUGUGUGUCAAAAGAUAAGUUAUAAAAAUCGAUAACGAGAGUUCGAUCUCGCGAAAAUAAAUAUGUCGCGAGGUCGAUCGAUCUAGAACACGCGCAUCCAUUAUUUAAUGAAAAGUCGAAAAGUCCUUUUGAAAUAUGAAAAAAAAAA